AUGGCGUUUGGGAAGAGUCACCGCGAUCCCUACGCUACCUCCGUGGGUCACCUCGUAGAAAAGGCUACAUUUGCUGGAGUUCAGACUGAAGACUGGGGCCAGUUCAUGCAUAUCUGUGACAUAAUUAACACAACACAGGACGGGCCAAAAGAUGCAGUAAAAGCUUUGAAGAAAAGAAUUUCCAAAAACUACAACCACAAAGAAAUACAACUUUCCUUGUCAUUGAUUGACAUGUGCAUGCAGAACUGUGGUCCCAGUUUCCAGUCCCUGAUUGUGAAGAAGGAGUUCAUUAAAGAUGCUCUAGUGAAGCUGCUGAAUCCCAGAUAUACCCUGCCCUUGGACAUUCAGAACAGGAUCUUGAAUUUCAUUAAGACUUGGUCACAGGGCUUCCCAGGAGGUGUGGAUGUAAGUGAAGUGAAGGAAGUGUAUCUUGACCUGCUGAAGAAAGGGGUGCAAUUCCCACCGUCGGAUGCAGACACUGAGACAAGGCAGGAGGCUGCUCAGCUCUCACCACAUCGACCAACACCUGUCCCUACUGCACCCGCUCUUUCCUCUAUAAUUGCUCCCAAGACCCCGACAAUUUCAUUAGUUCCAGAACAGAUCGGGAAGCUGCAUAGUGAAUUGGAUAUGGUGAAAAUGAACGUGAAAGUCAUGACCGCCAUAUUAAUGGAGAACACUCCUGGGUCUGAAAACCAUGAAGACAUAGAGCUGCUGCAGAAACUUUACAAGACUGGUCGGGAGAUGCAGGAGAGGAUCAUGGACCUGCUGGUGGUAGUGGAAAAUGAAGACGUAACUGUUGAGCUAAUUCAAGUGAAUGAGGAUCUGAAUAAUGCCAUCCUUGGAUAUGAGAGGUUCACUCGAAACCAACAAAGGCUUUUGGAACAGAAUAGGAACUCGAAGGACGCCACCGAUACUUCCAACGAGCCCUCUGCUCCUUCCUGCGAUCUUCUUGAUCUUAGUCCCAUCGUGCCAAUGCCUAUGUCCAAUGGGGAAGCACUCCACACCGUCAAUUCUCAGCUUUCAGCCUUAAGUGUCAGCUCUCCAAGUCCUGUUGUAACAAACAGCUUGUAUCCCAGUCUUCAUCCACAGGUGGAUUUGCUAGCCUCGGAAAAUACAGAAUUACCCUCCCUGUUUGCCCAAAGGACCAGCCCAAACCUCGCCUCAAGUCACACAUAUGAUAAUUUUCUGGAACACUCCAGUUCAGUAUUACUACAGCCUGUUAGCCUACAGACUGCCACAGCAGCUCCAGCCAGCCAGAGGCUGCCAACCUUGCCCAGCAAUCAUCCAGUGAUAACAAACAAUGAUCUCCAGCCACCCAAUUACUACGAGGUAAUGGAGUUUGAUCCCUUAGCUCCUGCUACAGAAGCUGUUUAUGAAGAAAUUGAUGAUUACCACCACAAAGGAGCCCAAAGUCAUAGUGACUGCUAA